UUAUUUUCGUUCUCUUGGUGCGAGAAUUGGGUCGGAGGUGCUCUAAGACAGCAGCUACAACCUAGAACUUUACAAUUAGAUCAUCAUCCAAUCCAUAAUAAGAAGCGAAGCGAAGCAAAGCAAAGCAAGUGCAAAUUUGCACAGCUACUUGUCCGUCGUGUCUAUGGGAAUAAUAUCACCCUACGCCUCUAUUAAACGCCACCGAUUUUUGUGUACAAGUAGUAGUAGUGGUAGUGGCGGUACAACUAGUUCAACGACAAGAAGAAGAGAGCAACAACGACAACUCCUCCUCCAGCUGCUAGUAGUGGUGGGGGACGCGAAGCAGCUGUAUGAAAGCCAUGGUAUGAUGGUGCGCAGGGGUCUGGAUCUGGAUAACCUCCUUCUCAGCAGAUUCAUCGGCGCAUCCUCCGCCCUGGGCUCGUCGGACUACGCUUAUUCGGUUUUCAAACACAGGAUUAAAAUGAAGCCAGCUGGGGGGAAUGGGCCUGACAUUUACCUGUACAACACUAUGAUCAAGGCUCUCUCUACUCGUCAUUACUGUCAACCCCAAGAUGCCAUUCUUGUUUAUAACAAUAUUCAAUCACUCUCCCACUUACGACCCGACACUUACUCCUUCCCCUUUGCCUUGAAGGCCGUCCCCCGACUCGGACUCAUCGAAGACCAAAACCAAAUCCAAGUCGGCCGACAGAUUCACUGCCAAGCCAUUGCCACUGGACUACACACCCACCUCCACGUCUCCACCGCCCUUAUUCAAAUGUAUGCUUCCUGCGGAUGCCUCCCUGCCGCCCGAAAGCUGUUCGAUGGAAUGCUUCUUACUACUACCUCCUCCUGGAAUGCAAUCAUUGCUGCCUACGCCAAGGUUGCUGAUCUUGACACUGCCCGUCAAUUGUUCGACCGCAUGCCCCUCCUCCACAGGAAUGUUAUUUCUUGGACUUGUCUCAUUUCUGGAUAUGCUCGGUCGGACAGGCCCAGCGAGGCUAUCCUCUUCUUCCGCAGAAUGCAACUUGAGGGUGUGGAGCCCGACGAAGUUGCUUUGUUGUCUGUGCUCUCAGCUUGUGCCCGUUUGGGUGCCCUUGAGUUGGGGGAGUGGAUCCAUAACUAUAUCCACAAACACACCCACAGGCUCCGCAAAAAUACCCUCCCUCUCAACAAUGCUCUCAUAGACAUGUAUGCCAAAUCUGGCAACAUUCGAAAGGCCACUCAAGUUUUUAAAAGCAUGAAACACACUAGUAUCGUAACUUGGACUAGUAUAAUUUCUGGAUUGGCAUUGCACGGGCUUGGUAGAGAAGCCCUGCAAGUGUUCUCUCUCAUGGAAAGGGCUCAAAUUAAGCCAAAUGACGUCACCUUCAUUGCUCUUCUUUCUGCUUGUAGCCAUGUUGGAUCAGUUGAAAUGGGCCGAUGGUAUUUCAAUAUCAUGCAUUCAAGGUAUGGGAUCAAACCAAAGAUUGAGCACUAUGGUUGUAUGAUUGAUUUACUAGGACGCUCUGGUUGCCUCCAAGAGGCACAGGAACUAGUUGCAGGGAUGCCAUUUGAAGCUAACGGAGCUAUAUGGGGGUCCCUUCUUGCUGCCUCUAGAAUCCAUGGAGACGUGGAGCUAGCCGAACGAGCUUUGCAACAUCUGAUGGCGGUGGAGCCCCAUAAUAGUGGAAACUAUACAAUUUUAUCUAAUGUGUAUGCUGGUCUUGGUAGGUGGAAUGAAUCUGGGAUGAUGAGGAAGGUGAUGAGGGACACAGGUGUCAUAAAGGUGUCAGGUGGGAGUUCCAUUGAAGUGAAUAACAGAGUUCACGAAUUCAGUGCAGGAGACAGAUUACAUCCUCAAUCUGAGAGGAUAUACAAACUUCUCUCCCUGAUAAUUGAUCAGUUGAUGAUGGCAGGGUACAUGCCUGAGGAACAUUGGGGGAUGCUUGAAUCUGAAGAUGGAUGCUCCAAUUCUUAGCUCUACUUAUGCAAGAUCUUGUUUAAAACUAGGUCUGGGUAAUCAUGAACGAAGAUUGCAACAUAACCUACAUGAAUAUUACCCUCCUAUCAAAACUUGUAACAAUCAUUUGGCAUCAAAGCUCAAGAAAAUUCAACUCGCUUUGGAAGAUGUACCCUUCAAGAACUGAGAUCCACCUAAUGAUCAGAUUUACAAAAUCAAGCAAUUCUAAACGACUCUUAGGUUGGCUACGAUUUUCAUACAAGAAUAUCAGUUUGUGGGCUUCACUCAACAUCUUGGUAGUUCAGGGAGCUUUGCUUCCUGGAAUUUUUUUGCCACUAGUCAAUAGGCAGGUAUUUAAAUUUCUAUCUUUUUAAGCUACCAUAUAUCUAUAGCCUUCAUGCAUGCAUGCAUUUUUCUCUCCUUUCCUGUUGCUUCCCUUGUUGGAUGUUUGGAUCUUGGAUUUGUGGAGGGAAAGGAAAAGGGAUGGAAAUAAAUUUAAAGUUAUUAUUA